AUGUCCGCCCACCAGCCAACCCCAACAAUCCUCCUCCCCGACCUUCCACCAAAAACUCUCGUCGGCAUCGACCUCAUAACCUUCACAUCAACCCCCAACUUCCACGGAAUUCGUGACCUUUCCCCGGGAUGGCACUUCCUGUACACCGGCGCAACAGAGACCCUCUCUUUGCGCAGCGGCGCAUGGUUCUACAUCGGUGACAUCACUACCGCAGGGAAAGGGACCAACGACACAGCACUGGUCACGCAAGGCCGAAACAAAACCGGUAGCCAAAAUGCACCGGGCCCAGAGAUCUACAUCUGGAAAUGGAGCGCGAACACAGAGUCUCUAGUAACGCUGGACAGUGAAAGCGACUCCGCUCGCCAGGAGAACAUGCGCUACAAGGCGAAUCUGGGUUCUGUGUGGCAGACUGGAGGGUUAUUCAAGUAUCGCAGCCGGAUCGCGCCCUCAAUGCUUGUCAAGCCCGUGACAGAAUCAGAAACCGGCGAAAAGAACGAAGAAGACCAACCAGCACCCCAGAUCGAAGCUCGCAUCCAGACCGAAGACGAUGCGCAAACCGAAGAGAACGGACGGAGGGAUUGGUCUGGACUAACCGACCGCAUCUCACCGAGUCUUCUAUCGCGCGUUAUCGGGAACCCAGAGCUUGAUGUGGACGGUCAUCCACGAUGGGUGUUAUCGUCCGCUUCCACGGCCAACCGAGACGCGGAUCAUAUCCCUGGCGUCGACUCGCCAGCCGAGCCGGAAAUAACCGAGGAAGCGGAACGCGAAUUCGGCUUCAUCCCGGUUGAUUUGAAGCGGACGUGGAGAGAAGGUGCUGUCGGGCGCGAAAGGACUGAAGCUGCGAAGGAUCGAUCUUGGGCUCUGGGAGACUUGAUCGAUCGGUAUGCUGGGGAGGCCUCUGGGGGGAAUCAGUUGCUUGGAGAACUGCAGUUUACGUUCCUCAUGGUGCUGACUAUGAUGAAUUACUCGUGUUUGCAGCAGUGGAAGCGGCUACUUGAGCUGAUCCUUACAUCCCGGAGUGCAAUCUUGGAUAGAGAGGCGUUUAUGAGUGAAGUUCUUCGGAUACUGUCGUUGCAGUUGCAGCGAUGCGACGAUGUUGAUGGUGGGCUGUUUGAGAUUGAUGGUGAUGAGGGUGGGGCUUUCUUGCGCGAUCUACUCAUGAAGCUGCGUCAGUCGGUUGAUGACCUCGUUGGCGGCACUGCAUCCGAAGUUAAAUUUGAGCUUGAUAAGCUUGACGAGUGGGUGAAGGCAGAAUAUGACUGGGAGCUACGUCGUGGGGCUGUCGUUCGCCAUGGUAUGCUCCAAUUGGAGGAUGGUGAACAGGUCGAAAUGGACUGGGAUGGGAAUGACGAAGAGGAUGAGACUGGAGAGUAUGCUCCGGUGAUCGUUGAUAUGUGA